AUGGAUGUCUUCUGGACGCUGCCUCCGGUCUCCAGGACCAUCACGGCACUGUCUGUAGUUGUUUCUGCUCUCGGCUAUGGCGGUAUCAUCAGCCUGUACCAGUAUAUCUUCGCCAACCAGAUGGUAUUCACGACCAAGAUCGUACCCCAGAUAUGGCGCGUGUUCACGGCGUUUCUCAUUACGAAACCGAAGUUCGCCAUUCUCUUAGAUCCAUACUUUCUAUACCAGUACGGCAGCGCUCUAGAGCGUGAGUCGUCGCGUUUUACGCAGCCGGGCGACUUUCUUGUGUAUACUAUGUUCGUUGGCUCGGUCAUAGUGGCGCUUGCAGGUGUCAUCCUUGACGGCUACACAUUCCUUCCCGCGCUCUCUCUCGCAUACGCAUACACAUUCGCCCAGGAUAAUCCGACGCGCCAGGUCAGCUUCUUCAUUGUGAACUUCGACUCGAAGUAUCUGCCCUUCGCCAUGACGUUCAUGACCUUCAUCAUUGACGGUCAGAGCGCUGCUCUUGGUCAGCUUACUGGUCUUGUCGCCGCACACUUGUACGAUUUCCUCACACGCAUUUGGCCCACGUUUGGUGGAGGCAAGAACUAUAUCUUCACGCCGUCGGUGGUGAAGCGUUGGUUUGGCGCGACGCCGGGGACGGCCCAAAAUAGAGGCUACGGACACGCCGUGCAGGGUCGUGGGCGCGAAACUGGGUCGAACGAGCCAAGUACCGGGCGCAGUACUGGUGCCACCUUUGGCAGCAUGGGGCCUGGCCGCCGUCUUGGAGAAUAA